CCUCUACACUCUACUCUCCUCUCGUGUUUUCCUUCUCCUUUUUUUUUUGUUUUGUUGUACACAGACAACGAAAAAUUUGUCAUCGCAGCGGCGGAGCGGAGAAGAACAAAAGGAACGAAUCUCGUGGUGUUUGCAGGGGGGAAAAGCAUCACACAAAGAGGAUAGAAAGAACGAAAUAAUAAAACACCGAGUGCGGGCGAGAAAGAGAAGGAACAACCCUGAGCCCCCAGCUCAAUGUCCUACCCCCGCUGGAGACGACACGACGACGCACUCACGCGCACGUGUCGGGGCGCAUAAGCUUCGCACUUGACUUGAACAUUAAACGCGUAGGGCUCUGCUCAGCUCCGCUGCCAGUCGCCCUCCCCUCACCGCCCCUCGUGCGUUAUGGAAAUUCUGGAGGCCUAUAUUGUCGUACUGCUCCUGUCGGCCCCGGCUCCGGCCACGGUCCUGCUGUCCUGCCGCGGUGUUGUACCGCCUCCUCCUCCUUGCCACCAGCAGGCUGUAAAAUGCUGAAAAAAUCUCCAGCCUUUCCACGCAAUUUUUGACAGCUGUCAACGUGCGCUCAGCCUCACUGUGUGAGUAGCGUGUGUGUGCGUGUGUGUGGAGGUGGGUGGUGUGUGUGCCGUGUGUGGCAUAGUUAUUUCCACUUGGGCGGCAAGGUCAACGCCACACGAAAAUUGAAAAGCAACGCCAGAGCCGCCAAAAAAACAAACCGAAAAGCAUGUCUAGGACUCGCAGGAACAGAAACAGGAGCAGGACAAGGAGCAACAGCAACAGCAACAGCAUCGGCAGCAGCAGGAGAAACCCACAUCCCACAUCCGUCGCCUCGAUUCCGUUGCAAAAAUGCUUGAGAAAUAUGUCGCCACAUACUAUGUGCGUGUGUGUGAGCAAGUGAAAUUAAAAUUCCCGCAUGCCUAAUGAAUUCUCCAUCCGAAAUAUGUGCCCCAAACGUUUGACGCACGUCCCCGCCGCAGCAGCCGCAGCCACCGAAGCCGCCUGUAUCUGUGUUCGUGUUGCGCGAGUGUCUCCGAAUCUGUGAAAGUGUACGUGUAUGUGUGUGUGUGUUUGUGUGUGUAAGCAAAAACAACAGUUAAAAAACAAUGGUUAACUAAACCAAGAGAAAGAGCAGAAGAUUAAGAAAGAAAGAGCUAAGAAAGGAAAGCACAAGUGAAAACUAAGGCAAAGAAACAGCUGGGAAAUACUUGUUAAUUGUAGGCGAAAAGACGCAGCUAAAAGGAGCAGCCAGCAGCCAGAAAACAGAAGCAUCCUUUGAAGAGUGAAAGAGUGAGAAGAGGAGUGGCUAGUGGCAAGCAUCCGCAUCCUAAACAACAAUCUGGAGGGCAUGUCCACAGCGAAAAGGCUGGUGCUCUCGCUACGUGGACGCAAGAACUCGCAGGGCAAUUCGGCCACAUCAUCCACCCGUCUGGUAUCCGCUGGCACCUCGCCCGGCCAUGAGCUGGAGGAAAUAGCCGUAGUCUCUGGUACCGGCACCAGCAGCCACCACUUCUCCUAUGGCGGGUGUAUUGCCAGCAGCGAUGCCGCCGCCUCCACGCCGCGAUACUCCACAGAUCUAGGACCAAAGUUUGGCAUGUCCCAGCCGAAAUUCGGCCAGAGCGUCUCGCAACAAGGUUUCUUCACGUCGCACGACAGCCUGGCCACACCAUGCGCCUCCCGAGCCUCCAACUCUCAAAUGGCCACCGUAAGCACUGCCUCCGAAAUGGAUCUACUGCACAACAAGCAACGCAACAAGUCGCGUGGCCGACUGAAAACAACAGCCAGCGGCGACCAGCCGCUCCUGGGGGGCACGGGCACCUGGAACCGGUCAAUGGGCCGCGGCUCACAGGAUAACACACUGGCCGGCGGUGGAGCCACCAGCAUACCCAUGGGAGGGCACACUCAAUACGGUGGCAACUACUGCAACGGCACAGAUCGCUACCCGCGUUCACGAUCACAGCACCAGCAGCCACACCAUAAUGCUGCCCCAGCCCCGCACCGCUAUCAGCUGCAGCAUUCGAUAUCCGCGGCGACGCACCAGCGACACUCACACGGAACGUCCUCACAGGGAGGCGAUGGCUCGGGGCACCACGGUGGCCAAUCCCAUCAAGCACACCAUGGAGGCGGCGGCUGUGGAGCCGGGUCACAAGGAGGACAACCACACCAUAAGAAGCCGCAUCGCACCGCCUCGCAGCGAAUUAGAGCGGCCACGGCGGCCCGUAAGCUUCACUUUGUGUUCGAUCCGGCGGGGCGGCUGUGCUACUACUGGUCCAUGGUGGUGUCCAUGGCCUUUCUGUACAACUUCUGGGUGAUAAUCUACCGCUUCGCCUUCCAGGAGAUCAAUCGUCGCACGAUUGCGAUCUGGUUCUGUCUUGACUACUUGUCGGACUUCCUCUAUCUGAUUGACAUCUUUUUUCACUUCCGCACCGGUUAUCUGGAAGACGGGGUGCUCCAGACAGAUGCCCUGAAGCUGCGGACCCACUACAUGAACUCGACGAUCUUCUACAUCGACUGCCUGUGCCUGUUGCCGCUGGACUUUCUCUAUCUGUCCAUCGGCUUCAACUCGAUUCUGCGCAGCUUCCGGCUGGUCAAGAUCUACCGCUUCUGGGCCUUCAUGGACCGCACCGAGCGGCACACGAACUACCCGAACCUCUUCCGCUCGACGGCCCUCAUCCACUAUCUGCUUGUGAUAUUCCACUGGAACGGCUGUCUCUACCACAUCAUCCACAAGAACAACGGCUUCGGGUCCCGCAACUGGGUCUACCACGACUCCGAGUCGGCGGACGUAGUGAAGCAGUAUCUGCAGAGCUACUACUGGUGCACUCUGGCCCUCACAACCAUCGGAGACCUGCCCAAGCCGCGCUCCAAGGGCGAGUAUGUGUUUGUGAUAUUGCAAUUGCUAUUUGGCCUGAUGCUCUUCGCCACGGUCCUCGGCCAUGUGGCCAACAUUGUGACGUCUGUGAGUGCAGCACGCAAGGAGUUUCAAGCCAAGCUGGACGGCGUCAAGACGUACAUGCGGAUGCGACGUGUCCCGAAUCAUCUGCAGGUGAAGGUCAUCAAAUGGUUCGAUUACCUGUGGCUCACGCAAAAGUGCUCGGACGAGGAGCGCGCCGUGUCCUGUCUUCCUGAUAAAUUAAAGGCUGAAAUAGCAAUUAACGUCCAUUUAGAUACACUUAAGCGGGUUGAGAUUUUUCAAAAUACCGAAGCUGGUUUCCUCUGCGAGUUGGUGUUGCGCCUGAGGCCAGUGCUCUUCUCGCCCGGCGACUACAUCUGCAGAAAGGGCGAGGUGGGCAAGGAGAUGUACAUUGUGAAUCGUGGACGAUUGCAGGUUGUGGCCGACAAUGGAAAGACGGUGAUGGCCUCACUGAAGGCUGGUUCCUAUUUUGGCGAGAUUAGUAUACUCAAUAUGGGCACAGCAGGCAACAGACGCACAGCCAGCGUUCGUUCCGUGGGUUACAGCGACCUGUUCGUGCUGAGCAAGAAGGACAUGUGGGACGUGCUGAAGGAGUAUCCGGCGGCGCGUGUACGUCUGGAGUCGAUAGCCGUCAAGCGCUUGGAGAAAUACAAGAAGGCGCCACUAGAAAAAGUUGCCAUGGGCCGGUGCCAGUCGACGCCGGGCUUGGUCGAGAGCUGUGGCCGCACCUCGCUCGAGGACAUGUGGCUGCCCCCAGCGCCAACUCCACCAGCCCCACUGGUGCAUCAUCCCCUGACACACCAGCAACAUCAUCAGCAGCACCAACCGCUACAUCAGCACCAGCCGCAGGCGACGCAGCAGUCCUCCCAACAGCACGGGUACAGUCCGCGAAGCUAUGCGGACCGUCUGGUUCGGGCCACAGACUCGCCCAGAUCGGUCAGCCCCAGUGCCCAUGGCUCCGAGGAGCGUCCUCGCAGUCGGGCCGCCUCACAUCACUCGAUUCGACCCCAAUCGCAGCCCAGUCACACAGGUCACAUCUGCGACUCCAGCUCGCAACUAGAGUGCUAUGGAGCGGGCGUGGGUGCGGUUGGGGGAGGCACAACCCCUCUACUGGGCUCCCACGAGGCACUCGAGGACGAGAUCAAGCGGUUGAGAGAACGCCUGCAUACGGUGGAGUCGGAGAACCAGGCUCUGAACACGAAACUCUCGCAACAGCAGUGGGACCUCGAGAAUCGCCUGGCCGAGAUCGAGAUGCAGAUCUGUGGAGUGUCGUCCACAUCCAGCGUGGAUCCGGAGAACGAGACGGAGGAGCUGGAGCGGAAUCGAGAGAGUAUCAUAUAACACGGGAGCGUGCUGCCCCAUCAGCCGAUCGGAGCAGCAGCAGCUAUACAGCAGCACCAGAAACCAGCAGUCGACCAGGAGGCCGUGACGCUAGAACAGUCGGAGCGGAUUGAAGUUGGGACACAGACCUAUGAGAAAUGCAGCUCUUUAUAGGAUACGUUGAAAGCAAGAGAGAUAGAGGGGGCGGAAUACAUCACCCAAGAUGUUCAAUUAAAAUCUUUUAUGAUGAAGCGACUCACAACACCAAAAAAAAUAAUGGCAAUGCCCCAGAAAAUUGUUCAGCCGCCACCACCGCCGCUACAGAAACACACCCAACACCACUGGACUAUGCCGAGUGUACAUAUAUGAAUGGGAGUUACCACAAUAGAGAUCAAAAUAUCCCCCAACCUAGGCUAAGAUAUCCGAGUCCCCGAGAGAGAGCGGGGGAUCGUAAGUCGAUGAAUGUAUUGUAAUUAAGGAUAUCGGAAAAGCUUUACUAGAUACUCCGAAAAGAACUUUUCCCAGCCCUUAACUCGUUACACAAAACUUACACUUUUUCCAUACUAAGAACCAGAAAUAUACUCGUAUUGAUAUUUAUACAAUAUAGACAUCAUUAGUCCUAGACUUUUCGGCUAUUUUAAAGGAUACAUACUAGACAACCGAAACGGGUACCGAUUCUCCCAUUGUAAAUACUUUGCUCCAGGGCCUAACUAGAAUUAUUAUCGCUGGAUGGGAUGAAUUGGAUAAGAGAAUUAAGAAUAGAUCAUCUAGAAAACUAAAAACUACAAGAUUACUUUAACUCAUGAGUGUAACAAAAUUAAUAAUUAUAUAUAAACAUAUACAUACAUAUAUCUAUUGUAAUAUUUGCUAAUUGUAAUUCGAAAAAAAGAAAACUAACUAGAUGUGUAUAUGGGAAACGAUUUACUUUAAAAUUGAAAAUAAUGCGUAAACAAUUUAUGAACAAACUAAGCGAAUAUUUGAAAAAUAUUUUUACUAUUGGAAAAGAACUGCCAGAGCAAAACACCACACAUAAAACACAAAUAAAAAUAAAAGAGAGGCAAUAUACAUAUAGCUAACAACCAAUACCAAGCCCCAAGAAAUGUCUCUUAGCCAGAAUCAAUAAUUGAAUUAGUAUAAACGAGAAAACUCUUUUAAUGCAAUACUAAAUUGUACUACUAUAUGGUAUAUCUAUGUAGACGGUAAGAAACUAAAGGUCUAAAUGUAUUAAACUUUAGUUAGCCACCCCAUAGAACCCAAUCCCAAAAACCAAACUGAAAACCAAUGCUGAAGAUUGUAGUCAACAAGAAAGAUAUUAAGGUAGAGGUAGAGGUAGAGAAGAGAGAGGGUUCUGUAGCAGUACGCAGAACGCAGUCUAGUCAUCCCCAUAAUAUGGGGGCCAGCGAUGCGAAAGGAAGUUUCUUUAGCUGUAACUCUAGCUAUACUUAGUUAUACCAUUAGACGUGUACAACAGAAGACCAAAAGGAGAUCCGGAUCGUUCGAGAUUUUACUUCUGUGCUUCUACACGGAACACCAGAGAUGGUCUCGAUAAGGAAAUCUAAUAAAUAUAUACAUAGCUAACUUGAAUAAGAUUCUUAACUUUAGUGAGUGAGCAGGCGUUUGGAUAAAGAUACGUUUGAGUAUCUGGAUAGGGAAACGAGAAUGGGGACGGUAACGGUAACGGUAAUGGUAACUGAAACGGAACUCAUUUCAUUCUGACGAUAGGAUGAUAGGCCGCCAAAAGUUGAAACUCAAAAUUUUGUUAGGAUUCCUCCUUAGAUUUUUGUCCAUGAAGUACACUUAAUUUCGACUACAUGUAAAUUCCUUUUCCAUAUUUUUCAACCUAAUUACAUUUCGGAAUAUCAAAUAAUGGAUUAAUAAUUAAUUAAUAAUUACAAUAAACAUCAAAUGGGGUUUCAUCUAAGACAAAAACAUAUACCAAUCCAAGAUGGAGUCAAACGAAGGCAGAGAACGAGUUUGAGAUACUUUAGUUAGCCAAUUAUUGCCAAAUUUGAAGUUGAAUAAUGUAACUUAAUUGAAUUUUGAUGGCUUAUUAGCACGCUUAUCGCAGGACAGGACCUUGACCCUGUCACGUUUGUUAGAUUUAUUCCCAUUGAUUUCUCCGCAGUUUUCUGUUAGAGCGCAUACUACAAAUACAUAUAUCUGUUGUUGGGAAUACCCGUAUAAUACAAGGAACUACAUCGAUUUGGUUGUGUUGUUGAUGCAAAGUGUGGGCCAGGCUUGCUGGCACGUAAAGAGGUGGCUUGUGUAAUGACAAUUUUAUUAAAUUAAUUUUAUGCAUUGAGAUCUAUGUAUGUAUGAAUGAAACGGAGAAGAAAGAACAUUUAAAGCUUUAUUUUUACUAUAAAUUAAUUAAUUAAUUUAUAAGAUUAAACAAUAAAUCAAAUCAGCAUUGACUUCAUAGCCGAACAAGACACGAACGAAACAAAUCGAAUUCAAAUGAAUGAAAUCUCGGUGAUGUUCGUUCAUUUUAUAAGAGAUCACCGAAAUUCAGAUCAGAUCGAAUCGAAUCAGUUUAGAGAAGGCCCCGAUUUGCAGCAGGUAAAUCGAGCUUAUUGUGUGAGCAUUUCAAAGCCGUUUACAUUGCUGAACACUCUAAAAUCUGAAAAGGGUAAAAUGAAAAAAAAAGAAGAAAACAUAAA